AUGGCUUUCUCUCUUCCUCGAAGCACUCUUCGUCUCGCUGCUCUCAAAAGUCAUUUCCCACCAGUUUCCGCCCGGCCAUUCGUCUCCUUCCGCAACAUGUCUAUUCCCACCACCAUGAAGGCCAUUGUGGUCGAGAAGACCGGCGGCCCUGAGGUCCUAGAGCUGAAGACCGCUCACCCAGUGCCCACCCCGCAGGAGGGCCAGCUUCUAGUGAAGAACAGCAUCUCCGGUGUCAACUUUAUCGACACAUAUUUCCGGACUGGUCUGUACGCUUCUCCCAAGCCGGAGAUUCUCGGUCGUGAGGGUGCGGGUACUGUCCAAGCUAUCGGUCCCAAUACAUCUGGCUUCAAGGUCGGCGAUCGUGUUGCUUGGUUGGCUACCCAGGGCUAUGCCGAGUAUACCGCUGCGCCAGCGAAUAAGGCAGUGAAAAUCCCUGAUGGGCUGAGCGAUGAGGAUGUCAUGGCUUCGUUCUUGAGUGGUUUGACCGUUCUCUCAUUUAUCAAGGAGACUUACCCGGUGCAGAAGGGCGAAUGGGUCCUUGUGCACGCUGCAGCUGGUGGGGCUGGUUUCCUCAUGACACAGAUCUUGAAGACUAUCGGGGCCAAGGUCAUUGGUACAGCAGGUGGUCCUGAGAAGUGCGCACUGGUCAAGUCGCUUGGUGCAGAUGUGGUGAUUGACUACCGUAGUGAAGAGGGUAAGGACUGGGUGAAGUUGGUCAAGGAGGCUACGGGUGGUAAGGGAGUUGACGUCGUGUACGACUCUGUCGGCAAGGAUACUUGGGAAGGCAGCUUGGAAGCUGUCAAGCGCAAAGGCACGAUUGUCUGGUUUGGCAAUGCAAGCGGUCCUGUUCCUCCUAUUCCUCUACCCAAACUUUCUCCCAAGUGUGUGAAGAUUGCGCGUCCCGUUCUCUUCGGCUAUAUCGAGACCCGUGAGGAGUUUGAAUUCUACACCAACGAGCUAUUCAGCCUGCUCAGCUCCGGUCAGCUCAAGACCAAGAUUCAUAAGAUCUACCCCUUGGAGGAUAUUGCUCAGGUACACACUGAUCUGGAGGGGAGAAAGACUACAGGCAAGUCCCUUGUCAAGCCUUAA